CCUAUAUGCAGAUGCAAAUCCAUCUCUUCUUGCACAUCUCUUCAUCUUCAUCUGUCUUUCAUACAUAAACAUCCAUUCAUUACAUAAAAUAUUUACAUAUAUAGAUAUUCUUUUUUUUAAUAGAACCAAAACACUGAUUGUAAGAAGAAAGAGAGAGGAAAAAGGAGGGCCUUUUGCCCUCUCUUCUCACCAUGCCUCCUCUCAGAUCUUAGAGUCUCUCAAUUUUCCAUCUGCCUUCUCUUCAUUUGGAAUCUUGGAUUGUUGGUCUGUCAAUAAUUGAUCGGUAAAGAUCAAUCUGAGAAUACCCAUUUGUCACCUAAUCAAAAACCUAUCCGGGUUUCGUGUAAAUUCUUUGAUAAGAAUGGAAAUGGAGCUUGGCAAGCUAUUCAUUGGCGGGAUUUCUUGGGACACGAAUGAAGAACGUCUCAGAGAGUAUUUCCAAACUUUUGGUGAAGUUGUGGAAGCUGUGAUAAUGAAGGAUCGGACCACUGGACGAGCCCGGGGUUUCGGUUUUGUUGUUUUUGCCGACCCUGCUGUUGCAGAAAGAGUUGUUAUGGAGAAGCAUAUGAUAGAUGGUAGAACUGUUGAGGCAAAGAAAGCUGUUCCUAGGGAUGACCAAAAUAUUCUCAACAGAAGCAAUAGCAGCAUUCAUGGGUCACCUGGUCCUGCCCGCACAAAAAAAAUAUUUGUUGGAGGUUUAGCAUCAACAGUCACAGAGAGUGACUUUAAGAAGUACUUCAAUCAAUUUGGGACAAUCACGGAUGUUGUGGUGAUGUAUGAUCACAACACACAAAGGCCAAGAGGCUUUGGAUUCAUUACUUAUGAAUCAGAGGAAGCAGUGGACAAAGUAUUGCUCAAAACUUUUCAUGAACUCAAUGGUAAAAUGGUUGAGGUAAAGCGGGCAGUCCCCAAAGAAUCAUCUCCAGGACCAAGUCGGAACCAAGUGGGUGGGUAUAACUUUGGUCUAAAUAGAGUCAAUAGCUUCUUAAAUGGCUACAUUCAGGGUUUUAAUCAAAGUUCGGUUGGAGGAUAUGGAGUUAGAACAGAUGGUAGAUUUAGUCCAGCUACAGUUGCUCGGGGUGGAUUUCCUCCAUUUAGUCCUUCUGGUUAUGGUAUGGGAUUGAAUAUGGAGCCAGGGUUGAGCCCAAACUAUGGGGGAAGCACAAACUUGAGCUCUAAUCUUGGCUAUCGACAGGGAUUGAACCCUUUGUAUAGUGGAAAUGCAAACAGGUAUGGUAACCCUGUUGGAUAUGGUGGGGGUAAUGGAGGAAGUGGUUCAAUUUUAAGUUCUACAAAUAGGAAUUUGUGGGGAAAUGAGAGUCUUAAUUUUGCCACAAACUCUUCAAACUCUAAUGCUUUCAUGGGAUCUGGAAUUGGAAGUAGUGGGGUGGGUGCUUUUGGCAAUACUGGAGCAAUUUGGGGCUCCUCUCCUAUUUCUGGUCAAGGUGGUGGAAUUGGUUCUACCUAUAGUAGUGGCAAUCUUAGUUACAGCACCGGUGAUGUCAAUUUCGGGUCAGGAGGGGGUGGACUUGGGAGAAACAUUGGAAAUAAUGUGGCACCAGCAUCACCAUAUGCUGCAUCAGAUGGUGGCUAUGAUGGGGCUUAUGGAGACUUUUAUGAAGGUAGUUCAGUAUAUGGGGAUCCCACUUGGCAAUCAUCAUCUUCAGAGUUAGAGGGGUCUGGCUCAUUUGGUUAUGGGCUUGGGAAUGCGGCUUCAGAUGUUGCAACAAAAAACUCUGCCAGUUAUGUCGGUGGUUAUGGUGUUACCAAUAGACAAUCAAAUAGAGGAAUUGCUGCCUAGGAAGAUGCUUAUAUGGAUUUCAGAAGGUUAUUGUAGGUGGAGAACACACUGUAUCAAGUGAACGACUGUGAAUUCAUACGUUUCCCCCAUUGAGAUAAUUUCAGUUUAAAAGAGAAUUUGAUUAGAGUUAAUGGAGCGCCUGUUUUGAAGAGCUCAUCACAAAGAGCAGUUACAAGGUAUUUUGUGUAAGGUGAACAUGAGUUUUUUAAUAUAGGUUUUCAUUAUUGGGAUUUGAUUAAGAUGUAAAAUCAGAUCGCGGGAUAUAUCAAGCAAUACUGUUAUCAUGCAUCUCUGGUGACAUGGCGACACAUAAGGAAAAAAAAUGUGGACUAUUUUUUUACUUCUUCUAUUCUGCUGUAAUGUCCAGCAAAGUUGCUAGUUCUUGUCAGGCAUGUUGUUUUACGUUUCUUCCCUUUUCUGGGAUUUGUUCUCUGCAGAUUGUACCAAAUGUCUGGUUGAUUUACUUAGUGUGAAACUCUUGAGGGAUGCUCAUCUGGGUUCCCGAGAAUAAGUUACAAAAUAUUGAUUCAUUUUCCAUGACAA